AUGUCUACUGGAGCAAGCGACGAACGCAAAGCAGAGUUGGCCGAGUCUUUGGCUGAAAUUCGUUCCCGGGUCGCCUCUGCCUCAUCUGGAGCACCAACUUUGGUUGCUGUGUCGAAAUAUAAACCUGCAUCGGAUAUUCAAGCGUGUUUUGAGCAAGGCCAGCUGGAUUUCGGGGAAAACUACGUCCAGGAACUUGUUGACAAGGCAAAAGAGUUAUCUCAAGACAUUCGGUGGCAUUUUAUUGGAACCCUACAGUCUAACAAAGCCAAAACUCUUGCUGCCAUCCCGAACUUAUAUUCCAUCCACACCCUCACGUCGAUGAAGACCGCAACUCUUCUUAACAAUGCUCUUCCGUCAGAACGAAAACACCCCCUCAAUGUUCUUCUCCAAAUCAACACCUCUGGGGAAGACUCUAAAUCUGGCCUCAGCCCAUUACUUUCCAAAGACGACAACGACAAUGAUUUGGUCAAGCUAGCGAAGCACAUCGUGACUUCAUGUCCUCAACUUCGUCUCGAUGGCCUGAUGACGAUAGGAGCGCUGGAGCAGUCGUUAAGUGAUGACGAGAACGCGGAUUUUGUGACACUGACAACAACUCGCGACCUGUUGGAGCUCCAGCUACAAGAGGAUGGUUUUCUGUCGGAAAGAAGGCUUUUACUAAGUAUGGGCAUGUCGAGCGAUUUCGAGGCAGCAUUGAAGGCUGGCAGUAAUAUUGUUCGUGUCGGCACAGGCAUUUUCGGAGCUAGAGCAACAAAACAAUGA